AAUGAGUGUAUUGAGAAAACACAUGAAUGCUCAGGUGAUAUGAAGUGUACAAACACCAUCGGCUCCUACACGUGCAUCUGUCCACCUGGAUUUCAUAAAACAACAGCAGACUCAGGAUGUGAAGAUGUGGAUGAGUGUGUGUCCUCAGUGUGUGGAGUUCACAGCAGCUGCUUUAACACAUCUGGCAGUUUCCUCUGCAUCUGUUCUUCAGGGUUUCACAGACAUGAGAACGACACCUGUACAGACAUCAAUGAGUGUUCAGAUCCAGAUGUUUGUGGCAGAAACGCAGCCUGCUACAAUAAUCCAGGCGGCUACAGCUGCAAAUGCCACCAGGGUUACAGUAACUAUGGCAACAACCAGUCAAAAUGCAUCGAGAUGAGCUGCGACCACUUUGUGUCUGACACGGAGGACGCGCCUGUAAAGUUGAAGCAUUUACUGGCGCUGUUGAGGAACAGCUGUGAGUCUCUGCGUGAUCCAAACGGCGGCCAUCAGACGGGAGAGCAGUUACUGAAGAAUGUGUUCACUUCCUCUGACGAGCUGCUGUCGGAUGGAAACAUCGCUGAUGGCGAGAUGUUGAGUCAGUUUCUGGACGCGGUGGAGAGCAGCAUGCGUCUGAUCGGACCUCAGCUGAGAGAACCUGUGACCAGGAUGGAGACACACAACACCUUCGCUGAGGUUGCAGUCACACGGAAUCAGACUCCGCCCAGGGGGCGUGUCUCUCUGAGCACAGGCUCCGCCCUCUUCAGCACCAGCUGGGAAACAGUUAUAGGGAAAUCAUAUCCAGGUUUUGCGUUUGCGGCUCUGGUCAGUUAUAAAGAUCUGAACUCAUCCAGUGACCUGCUCCACAAGAUGAGCAGCGAGAGAUCAGACGAUAAAGAGAGAAGCGUCACUUAUCAACUCAACUCUAAAGUGGUGACGGCCGUCGUCAGUAAUGCAGAAACCAAGCAGCUGUCAGAGCCGGUGACGCUCGUCUUUACACACGUGGAGGAGAGGGCGGAGUCUGGGGGCGUGGCUUACUCCUGUGUGUACUGGGAUGAGUCUGAGGGGGCGUGGUCUGGGCGGGGCUGUGAGAGGGCGGAGUCUAACAGCACUCACACAGUGUGUUCCUGCUCUCAUCUCAGUAGCUUCGCUGUGUUAAUGGCUCUCUAUCCUGUCCAGGACGCAUUUGAGUUGGUGUUGAUCACACGUGUGGGUUUAGUUCUGUCUCUGGUCUGUUUGUUUCUCUGUAUCCUGACGUUCCAGUUCUGCCGCUCCAUCCAAGGAACCCGGACCAGCAUUCAUCUUCAUCUGAGCAUCUGUCUCUUCAUCGCAGACCUCGUCUUCCUCAGUGGGAUCUCCAGCACUCACAAUCAGGUAGCGUGUGCGAUUGUGGCCGGUCUGCUUCAUUUCUUCUUCUUGUCUGCGUUCUGCUGGAUGCUGCUGGAGGGGGUUCAGCUCUACCGGAUGGUUGUGCUGGUGUUUCACACCACAUUAAAACAUCUCUACAUGUAUUUGCUGGGAUACGGAGUCCCUCUCGUUAUCGUUGCCGUCUCUGCCAUCGCCUUCCCAAAGGGAUACGGCACCGAUAGACACUGUUGGCUUUCUCUGGACCGUUAUUUCAUAUGGAGCUUUUUUGCGCCAGUCUGCAUCAUCGUCGUCCUCAACAGCUUUGUCUUCAUCAUCACGGUGUGGAAACUGGCCAAAAAGUUCUCCAGCCUCAAUCCAGACCUCUCCAAACUCCGCAACAUCAGGGGGUUUACGGUGGCCGCCGUGGCUCAGAUGUGUGUUCUUGGAGGGAUGUGGGUUUUCGGCUGCUUCCUCUUCCAGGAGAAAGGAACUCAGGUUGCGUUGUAUGUCUUCACCAUCUUGAACAGCUUCCAGGGGGCGCUCAUCUUCAUCAUGCACUGCCUCCUGUCCAAACCGGUCAGAGACGAGUAUUGCAAGCUGAUUAGCAGGAUCUGCUCACUUAAGCAGAAGAGAUAUUCAGAAUUCAGCACCAAUCAGUCCAGCAACAGUCAGCAACCUCUACGGAGCGAUCAGGCCACAGGAGAGUCCAAGAUAUAGAGCGGCUGCCAGUGCUGGAGGACCCUUGUAGAUGUUUGACCUUUACAGACACAUGGUAGUCUCACAGAGCUUUAAUUCUGCAGCACAUGGGACUCCUUUCCAUUGAGAGGAUCUGCAACUGCUUGCUUUCUCUCUGUUAGGCAAGCAUUUCAGGUCUCGACUCAUCACAUGACCUAGAUUCCACACAUAUCAGCUAAAACAGAUAAAUCAGUCAAAUAUGCAGGGCAGUUUUCUUUCUCUAAUGGACUUUGGAGACACUUUAGCUGUUCUGUAUCGUGCCUUUAGCGGAGAACGUCUUAUAGUGCAUGCAAAAGGCAGCUUUUAUUUGCUUAUAUGUGACCCUGGAGCACCAAACCAGUCAUAAGGGUAAAUUUCAUCAU